AUGAUGGACGCUUCGAUGGCGCUGCACAGGUCUGAUGUUUGGAAGGACUUAAUUAAGGCGCCCACAAGGAUUGCCCCCGAAAACGUGACGUAUUUACCACUCUCGAGCGCUAUGACUCAUUUGCCUUGGGUGUGGUACCAUCAGAGGAAUACCGUAACACCAGUAGCUUCAUGUACUUUCCAGGCCAAGCGUAAUGAUGUACAUACCCGCCUCCUGAAAAUCUGCACGAUUGGGUAG